AUGUGCCGCCCGCCUCUUUGGCCUCGCUUCCAGGGCCCUCGGUGGUACAGGUGCUCGGUGCCACGACUCAUCUUCACAGCCGCACAAGGCCCGCCAACCGGUACAGCUCUGGCCGGCCGUGUCGAGAGGUUGGGCCGUCCCGGACUAAUUGUCAACUCCUCUUGGCGUUGUCAGUCGUCAGGGCAACCUGACAGGCCGGUAGAAAUGCUGCCACUUCGUGUUUGCGAGUUGGCCGCACAGUGUCUCUUUGUUGUCGUGGUUCCCUGCUGCAGCAUCGGUCUGAUGGUGGGGUACAUUCUGAGACGCUGUAUUGGCAUCCCCAAUCCUCUGCUCGGCCAUAGCGGACUUUCCUUGCCUUUGUGUCCAAGCCUCUUUCACGCAAUCCUCUUCCUCGUCUGUCCCAACCGCGCCCAAGUGUCGAAGGCGCAGCCGUCGACGAGCUGA